CUGGACAGCUGUGCUGAGAAAGUUUGUGGGCCCCUUCCAGGCCUACCACCCGCAAGGCACGUCCCCCACGUAGCCUCCUGCUAGCCACUUACUACUUAAAAUUUUUUUCCCAAGAAGCAAUCAGCAACCCAAGCUUGAAUCUUUUACUUCUCGCUAUGUGAGGCAAGGCCACAUCACAUUCAACACAGUUUAAUUUUCAUGGGGCUUUUCGGUCAAAAGAACAGAAACAGCAACCAAAGCCCAGCUGCCUUCUGAUCCUAACUGACAGAGUGGGGAGAAGAAGGUGUGAGCGAACAGGCCAAGCUGGGUCAUGGGGAGUUUCAGAGGUCAUGCUCUCCCUGGGACUUUCUUCUUCCUCAUGGGCUUUUGGUGGAGUACAAAGGCCAUUCUGAAAUCUGUCUACAAAAAGCAAACUCGGACCUGCUAUGUUAAUUCUAAAACAUUAUUACGUCGCACGGAGAUUUGGGAAGGAGUUGUUGUAAUUUUAAUGGCUCUUACUGGUGUAUUUGGGGAACAGUUUACCUCAGGAGGACCCUCCUUGAUCUUAUAUAAAGACGGCCAGUGGAACGAGAUCCUGGAAUGGCAUCACACAACCAUGUACCUCUUCUUUGGGCUACAGGGUAUAACCCAAAUCAUAUGUUUCACUACUAACGUACUUCCGCAUUCCUUAAGCAAGUUAAUGCUAUCAAACGCCAUCUUUGUGGAGGCAUUUGUCUUCUACAACCACACACACGGUCGGGAAAUGAUUGACAUUUUUUUACAUGAACUUCUGGUCUUCAUCACCAUAUUGGGGGGCGCAGUUGCCUUCAUGGAGUUCCUCACAAAGAACAAUACACUUCUGGAGCUCCUGCGGUCCAGUCUCAUCCUAUUACAAGGAACAUGGUUCUGGCAGAUUGGUUUUGUUCUGUACCCCCCUAACGGAAGCGCUCCAUGGAAACUGUCAGAUAUUAGCAAUAAAAUGUUUCUCUCAAUGUGCUUUUGCUGGCAUUAUGCAGCAAUCUUGGUCAUCAUUGGAGUAAAAUAUGCUUUGGCCAACUGGUUAGUUAAAUCUAGACUUAGGAAGUUCUGCACCUCAGAAGUUGGACUCCUGAAACAUGCUGACCGUGAGCAAGAAUCAGAAGAAGAAGUAUGAUUUUGAUGGGCAUCUAGUCUUUCUAGAUAAGCCUUCUCAUUUUACAUUGCCUUUGUUCAUGACUUUGUUUCUUGAUCUUUUGUCUCAAGAACAGUUGUCUGAGGCUGACUCCAUGCUGUUUGUAUUUCCAGUUUUGUUAAAGAGUUGGACUUUAAAUAUCUUACUUUCAGCUCUGAAAGUACUGUGGGUGAUAAAUUCACUUUGCAUAUUGUGCAUGCCAUGUAAUUCAAGAGCAAUCAUAAUUUCUUUUCCAAAGUCAUAGUUUCAUGUUCAUUUAUUAAAAUUAUAUAUUUUCUUGCCAUCACUGUAAUACAUUAAAUGUUAAAUUGUACUUGUUUAUCUUGUUGCCACAAUGGAAAAUAAAUGAAUGCAUGCACCUUGCUGCAGAAACAUCAAA